AUGCCAUCCCGCCCUCAGGUACCUCAGUUCGUGGCGGAUAGAUGGCACACGGCGGGGGACAAGCCAACCUCUUCCCCCUCUUCCGCCCCUCUUACUCUACCCUCCCCCCUCCCUCUGCAGGUGCCACAGUUUGUGGCGGAGAGGUGGCACAAGGCGGGUGACAAGCCCGGGGGGGAGGCAGCAGCGGGGGGAGGCGCGGGGCAGGGCGCCGCCCCCACGCCUCCGCCACCAGGGGGGGGAGCGGGGGCGGGGGGAGUGGGCGUGGUGGGGCGCGUGCGCAUGGCGUUUGACCCGCGCGCUCGCCCCCAGGGCGGACAGGCCGCCACCCAGUUUAUGAUGCGCCUGGAGGUACCCGAAGGAGCAGCAGCGGAGCUUCCUAUGGAGUACAACCUUGCAUUCACGCCCGACCACGUGCCCAUGCACGUCUUCUCCGAGUCUGCUAGCGGUCGCAUUGCCCUGGAGGGCAAGGUGGAGCACAAGUUUGACAUGCAGCCGCCCAGUGGGGACCGGGGGUAUCGGCAGAUGCUGCAGACGCGGGAGAAGAAAUGGAACACUCCCAAACGCAAGCUGCAGAUGUAUGAUCCAGGUGCUGCGGGUCCCCGUCUGCCCAUGCCUGGUACCGUCUCCAACGUCAAGCGCAAGGCAAGCACGACACCGUCGUGGCAGCAGGCGGCGGCAGCAAGGGCAGCGGAGAAGGAGAGCAAGCGAGUGCGCAUGUCACGAGACGUGGUGGAGGCAAAGCUCUUUGCGCUGUUUGAGGAGCGCCCGCACUGGACGCUGAAGCACCUCACAGACGCGACGCAACAGCCACAGGUGAGGGGUGAAGGGGAGCAGGUGAGGGGUGAAGGGGAGCAGGUGAGGGGUGAAGGGGAGCAGGUGAGGGGUGAAGGGGAGCAGGUGAGGGGUGAAGGGGAGCAGGUGAGGGGUGAAGGGGAGCAGGUGAGGGGUGAAGGGGAGCAGGUGAGGGGUGAAGGGGAGCAGGUGAGGGGUGAAGGGGAGCAGGUGAGGGGUGAAGGGGAGCAGGUGAGGGGUGAAGGGGAGCAGGUGAGGGGUGAAGGGGCACUGGAGCUGGGUUGGAGUGGGUGGUCAUCAAUUCCUCGAGGAGGUGUUGGGCGACAUGUGUGUGUCCAACAAGUGCUCAAUGCCAUGUGCCGUUCACUUGCCUUGAUGCCACCUAUAUUCACACCUGUAUACACCCCCUCCCCUCCCACCGCACAGCAAUUCCUCAAGGAGGUGUUGGGCGACAUGUGUGUGUACAACAAGAGUGCAUGUGCCCUGUGCUGUGACUCAAGCCAGCCAUCUUACCCAUGUCACACCCACAAUCCCAUCCCCCCUUCUUCCCUCCCACCGCACAGCAAUUCCUCAAGGAGGUGUUGGGCGACAUGUGUGUGGAGAACAAGAGUUCACUUUCCUUGCCGCCACCUACGGUACAUCCACACCUGUCCACACCCCCUCGUUCUCCUCCCCUGCCCCCCACAGCAAUUCCUCAAGGAGGUGUUGGGCGACAUGUGUGUGUACAACAAGAGGGGACCCAACCAGGGCCUCUACGAGCUCAAGCCUGAGUACAAGCACGCAGCGCCACCAGCUUCUUAA